AAUUGAUACAUUACGGUAAAUAUACAUACAACCGGAAGUAAUUGUUAGCAACAGAUCGUUCAGGGGCGUUCAGCGAUGUUAAAACCAAUACACAUUUCCACACAAAAUUAACUCAGUCGUGUUGUUGUUUUCAACAUGACAGAAAUCUUCUCCUCGCUGUAUGGUCAGCCUGAUUCGCAAGGUCCAGCGGGACCGUCUGCAUUGGGCUUUGGGUCCGGGAAACCACAGAUCCCCCAAAGCAUGGGCCCGAUGUCUUUCCCGCAUCAGAUGAUGGAUGAAGGAGCACCGCUCAGAAAACCCGCCGCGAUGAACGAGCCCUUCUACCUGCUGCGAGAAUUGCCCAGUGAGUUGGAGAAUGAGCUGACUGGACACACAAAUCUCAUCACACACUACAACCUGGAACAUGCUUAUAACAAGUUCUGUGGAAAGAAGGUCAAGGAGAAACUCAGCAACUUCCUUCCGGAGCUUCCUGGUAUGAUAGACACUCCGGGUAUUCAGGACAGCAGCUCUCUGCGCUCCCUCAUUGAGAAGCCGCCAGUGUGCAACAACUCUUUCAGUCCUCUCACUGGAGCUAUGCUCACCGGGUUCAGACUACACACCGGCCCUUUGCCAGAGCAAUACAGACUGAUGCACAUUCAACCACCGAAGAAGAAGAAUAAACACAAACAUAAACACCAUCGGCCACAGGAUCCCUUACCACCAGAAACACCAUCAGAUUCAGACCAUAAGAAGAAGAAGAAAAAGAAGGAUGAUGACCCGGACAGAAAGAAAAAGAAGAAAGAUAAGAAGAAGAAGAAGAAUCGCCAUAGUCCUGAUCACCCCGGCAUGACUGGGGCUCAGCCAAGCAGCAGCAGUUUGAGAUAAGAACUCCCUGAAUGAUUGAAAAAGAGGAAGAAGAUAGAGCUGUAAAAUUGGCCUUGAGGUGUUACAUUUGUUGUAGUUACAAUGAGAGUCAGAUGUGUGCGUGUGUGUGUGUGUGUGUGCGUGCGUGCGUGCGUGUGUGUGUGUGUGUGUGUGUGUGUGUGUUUGUUAGGGCUGAAACGAUUAGUCGACAUUAUCAACAACAUUGACAAUAAAAAUUUGUCGAUAUCAAUUUUAGUUGUCUAAUAAUCGUUUGAUCACAUUUAACAUAACAUGGGAACAUAUUAAACUCUGAGGAUGCGUGAGAGCAGCACUGUAGCUCGUGCCUGAUUGAGGAGAGGAAGAAUUACACGGAUCACAGUCCAGAUGCACUCUAAACUUUCCAAACUGCUUAAGGUGAUGUAAAUCACAAAGUAUGAGGGAAUUAUACAAAAAUACCAAAUUAGUAAAUACAGAAGCUCUCUCGUACUUGCGUGUCGAGUGUCUAUAAAGGAAACACCCCAGUGUUACAUCUUAAAUGCAGUUACAUUUAAUGCGUUCUAGCUUUAUUAAAGUUCAAUUAAUACGGAAGCAGAUCAUGUAAAUAUCUACAAACUCCGAAACUGGCAUUUUUCUGUGUGGUCAGCGCCUCUUCUAUGAGUUGCGCAAAUGUCCAGAUCUUAAGUGGGAGAGAUUGUAACUGCACCCGGCUGACACAAACUCUGUCACGGGGACUCUUGUCCAUCGAGCAUGCGCGCUUAAUGCAGCUAGAUUAUAACAAGAUGGCUCGUGACUUAUUGAAUCAUAAUAUAUGUCACUGUGCAUUUCUUAUUGUGAAUAAAAUUGGCAAUACGCAGCUUUAUUAAUAAGAGAGAGGUUGUUGUUUUUUUUUAGAGUUAAAGAUAGAUUGAAGUGAAUAAAAAAAAAAAAAAAGAUGCAUUCACCUGAGAAGCAGCAUAUAAGAUAUUUAUACUUGCUUUUAGAGAAUAGAUCUUGAUUAUAAGUAUAUUUUGUCUUUACUGCACUCGCAGAAGUAUAACCAAGUAAAAAAUACACUUACUGUAUAUUUAAGAUGCAAGUCUAAAUAUCUUAUAUGUUGCUUCUCAAGUAAAUGUAUCUUGUUUUAAGGAUUUUUAGACAAUUUUAAAUGGAAAACAAGAGAAAAAACUUGAUAACAAGGAUUUUUUUGCAGUGAAUUUCUUUACUGAAUUAAACUUAAUAAAAAGCAUUUUUUUCCCCUUUAAUUUAGUGAAUGUCAUUUAGAGGUAUUUUUAAAAGAUGAUUUUGCCCUCUUUAUUGUUAGUAAGCAUGUUUAAUACAAGCAUUUAAGGUGGGGCACAAGCUGAAUAAUCAGUUAAGCGCUAAUGAUUAACCGUUGCAAUAAUCGCAGAAUAGUCCAAUAAUCGGUUAUCAAAAUAAUCGAUAGUUGCAGCCCUAGUGUGUGUGUGUGUGUGUGUGUGUGUGUGUGUGUGUAUAUUUAUAUAUAUUAGUGUGUGUGUGUGAUUAUGUAAUGUACCAGAACUCAUCAUCUGUUAUAUUUGUGCAAAAGUGCCUAUGUGUCUAUUUAUGAGUAUGAUGAAUAAUGGAACCAUUUUCAUUCAACUGUUUUAAACUAUUUUACAAAUAAAUCACAGACAGCCAAGAAA